AUGGCAACAGAUUACCGGGCCACUGCGGUCGCCAGCAACGAGUACGAGCCAUACAAGGAACCUCAUGCCCCUGCGUCCCGCCGCGCGCAUGCCAUGUCUCUCGAGGCUAUCCUCUCGCCCGUGCUCUCUGACUGUUCAACAAGCUCCUCUAGCUCUAGCUCUAGCUUGGCAGCUCGUCGCACUCCAGAAUCUCUGCAUCCUAUCAAUACGCGCGGCGGCACCUCAGCUAGCUCUCAGACCGUGACCACAAGUCCUAUUCAACCCAUUCUCGUCCAUCCAACUCCAGCUCGCCGUUCCUUUGUCCUCCAAGCUCCUCUGCCCAAGCGUAUACCUUCAGCCUAUGCUUCUCCCGCAUCUGUCCCCUCGGAUACGCCCUCCUAUGCUUGGCCUCAGACUCUGCCUCCCGCGCGCUCUGCCAUCCCGCACCCCCGCAGGGAAUCAGAGCCGGCGCUCGCACGCUCGUCCGCGGGUAUCUCAGGCUGGAUGCCAUCUCCCGGCCGUACCUGUGAAACGAUCGACCCCUCUCAGACGCGUUACUGGCGACCGCCGCCCACCGAGCGCCCGCGCCACGCAUCUGCGUACUCCGAAGCGCAGGGCAUCGAAGACGCGCUCGGCUUGCUGCAUCACCGUGGUGCUCGCGUGCCUCCCGACUGCGACCGCGACGGCGCGCCGCACGCGGGCGUUCCUCCGUCCGUCGCGUUCGCCGUAGCCACCUCCGCGCAGCGGGAGCGCAGAGAGCGGGAGCGCGUUGUCGUCGCGGGUGCCACCCCGGCCGCGUACGAUCCAUUCGUUCCUGUCACUGGAAGGCAACACACGGCCGCCAGCACAUCAGGAGUCAGCGCGACUGCCCCACGCCGGAGCGCAAGACACGAAGAAAUUUCGCGCGAUUCGUCCUCUGCGUCUGAUGCUUGCCGUGCUUCUGGUUCUUCACCGCGUUCUUGGAGCUCGAUCGUCGGCCUCAACGACAAACAAAAAUAA